AAACCGGCCGCAGUAUAUUGCAGAUACCUAUAUGACCCAAUGGUUGACGACAAUCAUUAUGAAUACGUCCCGUCAACUAAAUCGUCGUCAUCUUCUAUUCAUCAAGCAAUUAAGGGAAUUGUGAAUAUUGGAACAAAAGUUCGCUCGGUCCUGAAGGGAAAGAAGGAACACAUUUAUGAUGAAGUAGCUGGAGAUGAAUUCAUUGACCCCCUUUUUAUGAAUGAAUUAGAGACUGGUUUUCCCGGGGUAAAUUGGAAUGGCGAUAAAAAAUCGGAUUCUUACUCGGACGAUUUCCCCAAUUUCAUUAAACCGAGGUUUGUAGAAGACGAACGUGAAGAAGUACCCCGCAACAAUUUGAAGCCAGGAGAAAGUACCGAUACGGAAACUCAAACUGAGGAUUACUAUGAAGAAAUUGACGAAUAUAUUGGAGCUACAGAUGUUGCGCAACUGCAUUCAACCGUACGCGGCGAUGACCAAGAGAUUGAGGCUACCAGUGACGAUUCAGAUAUGGAAGAUGAGGAGGAAACUGAUACAAACACUGUCAAGGAAGGCGAAUACGAUGAGAUAGACGAAUCUAUCACUGUUGCCAAUGCUAGUGACCUCGAAGGUGGAUUUUUUGGAGGUGUCACAGAGGAAAGCCAAAAAAGCGAAACUAGCAAUUCGGAGACACCAGAAAACGAUGAAACUGAGGAAUCUCAAAGUGAAGAAGACGAAUCACACGAUGAAACAUCAAGUGCUCCCAUUCCAUCGGCUGGAAAGACCGUAAAAAUUGGUUGUAAAUCUAAAAAGAAAGCGAAAGAUCGUCCAUAUCUUCAAUCGAAUAUACCCAAGAAAGAUAAAGCGGCCAAGCAAAUGAUACAGAUAGGACGUCCCAGACCAACUAAUAUAAGACGAUCAUUUCCACUACCACCAAAAAUACCUCCGCGGGGAACUGGAAAUAAAUAUAAGCAAACAAAAGCCAACGAAUUAAACUACGGAGGAACAGAACCAUCUAGGAGUAUGUCAUCAACUUCAUUAGGACUAGAGAAUAAGGGUAACAAACGACUUCUUCAAUUUGAUUUUGCAAAAUCUUUCCCAACAUUGACGUUUCAUUCUCGGAAGAAGUAUCACAAAAAGUCAACUUGCACCUCAUACUAUGAUUUACCGAAACCACGAAAAUCAUCAUCUUUUCCUUUUUGUAGUGACGAUUCAUUUAUACAAGAAAUGAAUGAGAUGCGACAUAGUUUGGUGCGCUAUUUAAGCGAUGGUAGUUGUGGGGAUUAUGAUUACUACGGAGCAAUGUACUCAAAAUCUGCUCUACCUACAGAGGAAGAAAAAAAUCAGUUGUUGAAUAAUUCGAGUUUUUUUUCUAAAAAGCAUGUAAUCUCUGACGAAGAAAGUCAAAAUUGUUCAUCUGAACAUACCUCCCAUAAAAACGAUGUUCCUUUAAUUAGCACUGGUCCAACAAGAUCGGAAGAUUCUGUUACCACUUCAGACAGUGUUGAGAAUGAGAGUAUAAGUGUUAUAGAAUCUGAGAUAGAGCAGGAUGUAGCAGAAGACUUUGGCGCAGCUGUUCAAUAUGACUCACCCAAUUCGGAGAAUAACGAAGAGAAGGCAGAGAGCGAUGAAAAUUCUGAUUCCUUUUCAACCGAUUCGGCAGAUACUGUUGAGAGUAAGCAUGAUUUAGGCAAUGAAUUGAGAAUGGCAUUAGAUGAAAGAGAGAAGUUGAAACCAGAAAAUUCAUAUGAUGAUCCGCCAGUAUCAUCCAAGAUUUCUAGUUUGACGGAUGCCUCAGGCUCAACUAAAGUAUCUCCCAUACCGAAAAAAAUUAUUGCAAGCAAAAAUACAAAGGAGAAAAGCACAAAAUUCAGUCCUAUUACAAAAAAGAAACCUAUGUCUUCAGACAGUAGUGAUGAAUCUCUUCAAGGCCUUGCACAAUUUUUCCAUCCGGACCAAAUUACACGAAAUGGUAAAACGCGACAAAGGGCAGAUGACGAUGAUUCAACCUGGCACCGAUCAAAAUUAUUUCAGUCCUACCCUGGCGACAGGUUACGAUCGUUGUUUGGUCCCAGUCAAUCUUUCUCUAACUGCGAGUCAUUGGAAGAACACGACGCAUUUGGUGAUCCAGUGAAAAAAAGAAAACACUUUCCUAUAGAUAAAAUGCUACGGAUGGUGCCGUCUGAUUAUUCCACAACAAACGUAUCCGAUAUUACAACUUGGUGGGGAGAUGAUGAAAAGAGACAAGGCAAAUUAGGUGGUGCUGAUCGAUGGAGUACAAAAUCUUUAAUCGGUUCUGAUAUAAAAGUUCCUCCGUCUGACGCAGAAGCGAAUAUAGAAAAAAGCAGAUCAUCAAGGUCAUUAAUGACAAAAGCCUCAUUGGGAUUUCGUGCUGCGAUGAUGUAUUUGCGUGGCGAUGGUCUUCUUCUUAAAAAAUUCAUGAGAAAGGACAAGAUGCCCAAACCAAAAAAAUUUAAAUUUAGAAGAGAUGAUGGUGAAUCAUCUGUGAAAAUAAUCUGCAAAGAAUCAAAUAGACGAUUACAAAGUGGCGAAAACACAAGCGAAGCGAAACUUUGUACUCAUAAAGAUUGCAUGUAUAGACGAUGUUCCGAUUCUGAUUCGUCAAGUUAUGAAGAUCUUCGAACAAUAUGCAGAGAAUCUACGUCGUGGCCUUGCAGAAGAAUUGAAUCGCCAUUGAAUGUAACAUUUGACGCAGUGAAAAACAUCUUAGAACGUUCGGAAAAAAACGAACCAGUUUUUGAUAUUGUAAGCAUUCCGACUGUUCCUGCAGCAGUAACGAAACUGGAAGAAUGUGGAAAAUGCCCUUGUAAAGAAAGCCGUUUCGAGCCAUUUUUCCCUAAGUUAUUUGAAGAGAACGUUUUGAAACCGCUUGCAGUAAGAGUGGUCAAUUUGGCUGUUCUUGAGGGAAAAGAAAAAUAUGACAGACUUUAUCCUAUAUAUACAGAAAGGGAUGUGGACAAGCUAACUGACAAAAUGGUUUACAAUGCAAUUCUAUAUGGUGUUGCAGAGUUCACAGUGAAAGAUGCAUUUCAGGACGUAAUUAUUGAUAUUCAAACAGAGGACAUGUUGGAUGAAAUGAUAAAGGACGAGAUUAAAGACGUAGGAAAGAAAUUAAUUGCAAAUGCGUUUUCCGAGGCCGCAAUCCAACAAGGACGAAGGAGGAUAAUUAUUAAAGACUUUCUAGAUUCAAAUAACAAACGGCGAGAAAAUCAAAGUGAACAAGUCCAAAAAAACAAUUCAGAAAUUCUGAGAUACCCAGUUCUGUCUGAUGAUAAAUUUGCACCAUUCAGCCCACCGUGCCAAUACCUUAAAAGACUCGAUGGAGUAGUUCCACUUCACAUUCCAAAUGUGGAAGGAGAAACCCAGCAGAUGUUUUACCAACCUAGUACAUUGACCACUAAAUUGAAAGCUAACAAGCUUAUUAGUAAAGUAAUAAAUAGAAGCGUUGAUAAAUAUCUCCAUCCUCCAAGCGAAUAUUUCACAGCUUCCGAAACUUCUCUCGUCAUCCCAGAUGAUGUAAUUGAAGACCAAGUUGAGGAACUCGUCAACGACAUAGUUUCUGCAGUCACGCUCGCGGAAGAACUUCAACUCGACUUUUCAGACGGACUCAAACUACAGAAGAAAUAUCCAGAUUUAACAGAGGAAUUUUCGAUUAAGAGCUCAAGUAGUCAAAUCGAAGAUAAAUCUGAUGGUGUGGAUGUUGAGCCUAAAUUUUCUUCUUUUUCGAAACGUUCAAGCUGCAAAUCCGACAUUGAAUCCGUUGCAGCAGAGAGUGUACCGAAGAUUUCGUCCAUUUCUGUAUCCGAUUCUAAAUUCAUAAGCGAUAUAGAUAUUGAUGAAGAUGUGAAAUUUAUAAUGAACAAAAUUUUGUGUUCGGUUGCAUUAUCUGAAGAAGUGGAAAACAGAUGGAAAGAAGUCGAUGAUGAUGACUUGAGUAACAAAAACAAUCCAGAAAACAUAGCGAUUGAAUCAGAAAUAGAAGUCGAGAACUCGCAAGAGCACAUGGAUGCAAACGAUUUAACCGAAGAUCGAACAGAAGAACACAAGUCUGAAUACAACUAUGAUUCUCAAGAAAAUGUCCAGGUUUUGGGCAAUGAGGCAGACCAAAAUUUUGAUGAAGAGGAUCCAGAUGUAGAUGAGGAUCCUGGUGAUCAGCAUCCUGAAUUAGACGAGAAUCACGAAAUUCCUGAUGGGGAAAUUGGGGACGAGAAUUGGGAUGGAGAAGAACAUCCAGAAGAAUAUGCAGAUGAAGAUGGCGAAUACGGAGCAGAACAGUAUGAUGUUGACGAAGAGGAAGGAGAUUGGGGUGAAGAAGGGAAUUUUGAAGAAAACGAAAUUAAUGAAGAAGAAGAAGAAAAAGAAGAAGAAGGUGUUCCUCCUCCUUCUAUGAGAGCAAGGAGUAAGAUGAAGGUUUCAAAAAUUUUGGAGAAACUUCAUCGUUCUUCAGUCGCCAAAAACAGGGAUCCUAUUACACGAGGUCCAAUACAAAGAUUUUUUGUUAAACUGUUCGAAAGCAAAAAGCGCCAGAGUGCUUCAAACGAUACCUGGAGAUUUCUGAAUGAAGAACCGGAAUGCAGCGGGCUCAACGUCUUUGAAGGAACUUCUUCGUCAACAGAUAGUAGCUCGUUUCUGUCAUGGAACGAGUCCACACCACAGAACAUUUUCAUUGGUAGAAAAUCGUCCAAUAAACGGAGAGAAGACAAAGUGAAGAAUCCCGGUAGUCAGACUCCGAAGCCUUCAACGGGCACCGGUGAUAUAUGUUCGAAUUCUAGUUGUGAACCGAGCGAUACCCACCGGAAAGCCUUCGGAUCGCUUCCAUUAUAUGUGAUAAAUAGGUUUGGAAAUAUUGCAAGACGACUCAGUCCCUCGAGAAAAAAAGCUCAAACGCACUGCCCAACUCCAUCCUGUGGUAGAUCAACCAAUGCCGAUGAAAAUUACGUUUCAUUCAUUCCUCCUAAGCAUGUAUCAUCAACUCCAUCUCCUUCCAGAGCAAGACAUACUCCUUUCCCAUCAGCCGGAAUAUCAGAGAAUAACUCUAUACCCACCGCGGAUAAUUUUGCCCAAAAUAAUAAUCCUCGGAAUCAACCACCUGUGUCAUCAUCAUCCACAAGUAUUUGGGAACGAAAUAUUGAGGCAGCUUCAUCUCGCCAUUGUGAUACAAAGUUAGAUGGGAGCUCUUCUUCGAAAACUGACAGUACUUACGACCCAGUAGAAAGUAGCACUGUCUGUACGAGCGAUACGUCCAUUUCAAUGAAAACAUAUCAAGUUCUGCAGAAUGAUGGACAACAGGUACAAAUUGGAAAAUAUCGGGAAGAAAAAUCAAACGUGAAAACAAGGAUACCCUGCCCACUUGUCAUGCCGCCAAGUUCAAAUGUAUUAAGCAUUGGAAAGAGCAAAUCUUCAACACAUUCCUCUAUGAAACUUGCGGAUAAAUCUUCAAUUUUGGUCAAUAUUGGUAAUCGCAAAGCGAAAAAUAAUUGUUUACCCAUAGAUGCCCCGAAACCUUUGCAAAAUUCCACUUCAAGUACGGUUAAGAUAAAUACAGUAUACACAACUUAUGGAGAAGUCGAUCGGGACGGUAGCGGGAGUGAUGUUUUUCCCAUGAAAAGAACUAAUCCUCUGCCAAGCGAUUCCAAGCUGCUGCUCAUAAAAGAGAGUACGCAACAGAUACAGUGUUUUCAAGAGAUUCCAGACGAAGCUGAACAUGAAGAUAAUGAAAAUGAGAAGCCUGCAUCUAAUUAUAACGCCGAAUAUAAUAGUUGCAUUUCGGAUAAUAUUAGCAAUUCUGCUGAUGAACUUGACGAUGAAACAAUAUACGAGAACGUGAGAAAAAUGUUUCAUCCGUGGAGAAAGGACGACGACGACUUAAUCAGAAAAUUGAGGGCUGGAAAUAUUGAAGCCCCUAAUGUUAUUGCUGGACCGCAGCAUUCAUUGAACAACACAAAUGAAAUGCCUAGUUUGUCUCGUGGAUCUGUAAAGUUAUCCGAAAGUGGAACUGCUUUUCUAGAUGAGAUAUACCAGAUUGCGAACGCGUGCAAACAACAGAUCUUUGAGCUGGCCGAACUGCGCAGAGAUCACUUAGGUCAUCUAGAAGACAUUCAAAAUGAAACUCCAGUCGUUGAGGAAAAUAUCAAAAACGACAAUACUGACUAUCGCGAAGAUGUUCUUGACAUAGUGAUUCCAGAAAAGAAGAAUGCCGGAGUUCAAAUUGAAAUAUCCCAACCUAUUGGGAAACCCGAAUCUGCACAACCAAAGUUAGUUAACUCUAGCACCUACACAACACAGGAUCUCGUGGACGACGUCAAUUACCAAAUAUCAAAAGUAAAUAAAAUCAUGGGUGUGUCCUGUCGAAAACCUUCAAACUCUGAAAUGUCCGCUAGUAGUGACACUGCUCCUCCUGUUAAUUUUGAACUAAUGUCAAGAAUGCGAAGUUUAGAACAGACAAUAGAUGACUUUGCAAAAGAACUUCAAUGCCCACGAAGUAUGGACCACCGUAUUAAUACAAACAUACAUAGAAACGGUGAUGAAGUACAGGAAAAAGACAAAAGCAGAGAUUUAACGCUAGGUGGCAUCAAUGAUUACCAGAGAACAUACCGUCAACGAGCAAAACCUAAAAACUCACCACGUGGUGCAGAUCAUAUGCAUCACAGGCGUAGCAAAUAUGGUAGAAUAUCCUCUAUGAGUUCAACUCUAUCUGGGGGUCGUCGAUUCCUUAGGUCUCUCUAUUAUUCUCCUCGUGUUCCCGGUAUCCGACCGAGCGCUGCUGUAUCCAGUAAAUACGAUAGGCAAUUUCAUCUAUCUGACACUACAUAUUCUGCAGACGAUUCCUCAAGAACAGAUUGUAAUUUAUCAGACACUUCCGUAUACGCGGGAAAUAUGAAGUACCGUAGACGUCGUAACCAUUCAAGCGAGACGGAAGCAAGUUACUCUGAUAAUCACACUACGCGGGAGAGAAAAAAACUUCAUUCAACAGCUUCGAGGAAAUCUCCGCGAUAUAAGAUGCGUUCCCGCUUUCACAAGUAUGCGGAUAUAAGAGAAAUAAGUACACAAACUAAAGAAGAGUUAAAUAUAUCAAAUCCAACCGAUGAAUUAAAAACCAGAGGGGCUGAAAAAUUGAAUAAUGGAGAUCAGAGUGAUGACGAGAAACCAACAACGUCACGAAGUUCGGCUUACGAAAGACGCCAGGCUAAGGAAAAUGAGCAAUGUGAAAGCGCACGUAAAUUAAAAUGCCUACGUAAAAAGUAUAAACUGAGCAGCGAAUGCAGCUCUGAUGAACGUUGUAAGAUUUUAAGAAGGGAAUUGUCAGAGAAUUCUCUAGUAAAGACAGGUGAAGAAAAAACAAAUUAUGCUAAUGAUCCCAGUAGAAAGUCAAAAAGCCGCACACACGGGGAAAUCAACCCAUCGCUAGUACCAGAAAACAAUGCUACCAAUGAAUCUGACAAAACAAAUCAGGAAUCUCACAAUAUUAAUAAGGCUUUUAUUCCUUCGAUAUCUCAAGGGCCAAUAUUCAAGAAGAUUUUACCAACGAAACGAAGGAUGCCGCCAAUUGGUGGCCGUCACAGAAAAGAAAUACCAGCACGGCACGAAAGCUUCAGCAGUGAGUCCAAUUCAUCACAAUCCAGUACGGAGCCUUGUGCCGCGCGUGCUAGUGCAAGAGGAGGAAUUGUAGUAGUUCCGCGCAAUCUACGCAAAUCAACAGCUUGUCAGAAAAAUAAUUUGCCCGACGGAAGCCAGUUAUCAGUCCCGGUGUUGAAAGAGUUUUUUGAGGAAAGCACAGACGAGGAAUUCAAAGGUAAACAAAAAAUUGGGAAUGUACUAUCGGUGCAACAGCUCACCCCAAGAGAUACAAAAUUUCUCGGUGUUACAAAGAGUAGAAAGUCUAAGGAAUCAGUAACAUUGAAACCUAGUGCUCAUCCUGAAGCAAGAAAAUCAUUGAGAAAACUUUCGGAAGACAAUCAAAAACAAACAAUGAUUCUUGUCAAUAGAGAUGUAGCGGAGUCGCCUAAGGAUUACACGGAUUACGACGAUGUGAAAAAUUUAAAUAAAAAUAGACGACAAAGCCAAGGCUCGGGUAAAGAUGGACUCGACGGUAGGGUAGUUCGUGGAAAGGACGGACAGACUCGCGUUGUCGUACCAUCCUCCACUGUUGAUUUUCUGACCGGUUUACCAUCGAGCUAUGCCGAAGGAAAACAAAAAACAAUUCCAAAAUACAAGACGAGAUGCGACGAUAAACCUGUUUGUUUUCCUGGGUACUUUGACGACAGCAGCUCCAAUGAGUCACUUGAAAUGAAAUGGAUGGAUAGAAAUAUACAACAAGUUGAAUUACCACGCCGACGAAGAUCCCCUGUAAAAGUUCAUCCGAGGUCAGGAACAGACUUUAGGAGAUGGCGUCAAAGUCUAAAUGGUGGUAUUCUGAAGGACAGAAGACACUCUGACAGAAAAACUCGACGAAGAGCUUCGUCUUUUGAUAUAGAAGCUAGGGUACGAGAGUGCAGACUGAGUUCUUCAGAAAGUGAAAAAACUGACAAAUGUGCGGCGGAUGGUCAGUGUUUUCCUGCACAACCUUGUAAACCUACGAAACUAUGCCUCGAUAACAAAAAGGCUCGUCAAUGCCACCGACGGAAGACAAAAGAACAUUCUGAAUGGAAAAAUUUUGUUAAAAAUAUUUUCCAUCUUAUAUUAUCAGCAGGUCCUUUACUGGAAACUACGAUUCGUCUUCUGGCACUUGCGAUUAUUUUAUUCUAUGCUAUUCAUGAGGAAGUUUUUGUUGUUGAUGGUGAUUUCCCUACAUGACGAUUGCUGUUUUUUUCUUGUUUUCAGUACUUUUCAUUUUACUCCAAAUAAACUGCACUUCUUUGUUUUGUUUAUAUUGUCUGGGUCGAAGAUAAUAUGAAGUUAUAUGUAAUUUUGAAGCUAGAUUUUUAGGCGAUUACAUGAACGAUAUCAGAGAUAAAAAGAGAAGCAUUAAUAAUUAAACCUAGUUGAGCCCGCCUAGAGCAAAAGUGGCGUUUAGCAGACGAGAAACGCUCCUUACAUUUGCGUUGCGUAUGCACAAAUUUCGUGCGUACAGAACGGGUUCCGGGAUUUCGUAACGCACACCGUGCUUCAUAGCGAGUAUAAGUUGAAAGCUGGUACACUAUCGAUAUACAAAAAUCAUGAUAGGUACAUUAACAAACUUUUAUC